AAGCGAAAGGAGCGGGGAGGAGAGUGGGCUGCCGGAAAGAGCCGAGGCGUUCCGGAAAGAGCCGAAGCUCUUCCGAAAGGAGCCGAAGGCGGUCAGCCCGCUUUGCUUUCAGAGGAACCCGACGUCUCUCUCCGGAAAGAGUCGACGUUGCUCGGGGAAGGGCUCGGCGACGCUCGGGGCUUUCCGGAGAGACCCGAGGCGGGGCGGAACGCCUCGAACCCACCCCCCUCUCCGGAAGAACACGAAGCACCUCCGGAAAGAGCCGAAAGGCCUUCCGGAAAGAGCCGAAGCGGCGGGGGAAGACCCCGGAAGGAAUCGUUCUCCUUCCGGGAAAAAGCCGAAGCGCGUUCGGCGCCGGCCCGAGCCCUCUCCGGAAAGCCCCGAAGGGCGCCGAAGUCUCCGCCGACCCUUCCGGAGAGCCCCGAAGUCCCUUCCGGACAACCCCGAAGCGUUUCCGGAAGUUGCCGAGCGGCGCCGGCCGUCGCCGAUUCCCCGCCGCCUCAGAGCCGCCGCCGCCGCCGCUCCCCGCUCCGGCCGCCGCCGCCCGCCCCCUCCUCCCCGCCGGGGGGGGCCCCGCCCGGCUCCCGCCCCCCGGCCCCCGCCCGGUUCGGCCCGGCAGGAUGAUCAAGCUCUUCUCGCUAAAGCAGCAGAAGAAGGAGGAGGAAUCGGCGGGCGGUACCAAGGGCACCAGCAAAAAGGCCUCGGCCGCCCAGCUCCGCAUCCAGAAAGACAUCAACGAGCUGAACCUGCCCAAAACGUGCGAGAUCGACUUCUCCGACCAGGACGACCUGCUGCACUUCCGCCUCCUCAUCUGCCCCGACGAGGGCUUCUACAAGGGAGGGAAAUUCGUCUUCAGUUUUAAGGUCGGCCAGGGCUACCCCCACGACCCGCCGAAGGUGAAGUGUGAGACGAUGGUUUAUCACCCCAACAUCGACCUGGAGGGCAACGUCUGCCUCAACAUCCUCAGAGAGGACUGGAAGCCUGUCCUGACGAUAAACUCCAUCAUCUACGGCCUGCAGUACCUCUUCCUGGAGCCAAACCCCGAGGACCCCCUGAACAAGGAGGCGGCGGAGGUGCUGCAGAGCAACCGGCGCCUCUUCGAGCAGAACGUCCAGCGCUCGCUGCGGGGGGGCUACGUGGGGGCCACCUACUUCGAGCGCUGCCUCAAGUAGCCCCUCCCCCACCCCGCCGCGCCCCCCCCACCCCGCCCCCCCCUAUUUAUUGCCCCCCCGGGGGCGGGGGGGGGCCCCCCCCUCCUUUUCCUGCCCCCCCCCCCCCCCCCCCCCCGCCCCACGCUGCUCUUGUGGGUGAUUAAAGGGCGACAGUAACGAGUGGUGCAGCCCCCCCUGCGUUAUUGCUCCUUUUGGGUGGGGUCUUACUGGUUAAACUGGGAAUGGGGAGGGGGUGUUUCCAGUCGGGAACAGUUUGGCCACUGAGCGUGCGCCCAGUGCACCCAGUUUCCUGCUCCAGGGAGGCCGGUGAGCCCAGUUACUGGCAUUAUGGCUCCCAGUGUGCCCAGUCCCCUUCCCCGGAGCUCCCAGUGAGCCCAGUCCCCUUCCCCGGAGCUCCCAGUGUGCCCAGUCCCCUUCCCCGGAGCUCCCAGUGUGCCCAGUCCCCUUCCCCGGAGCUCCCAGUGUGCCCAGUCCCCUUCCCCGGAGCUCCCAGUGUGCCCAGACCCUUCCCCGGAGCUCCCAGUGUGCCCAGUCCCCAACCCCAGAGCUCCCAGUGUGUGCCGUCCCCUUCCCCGGAGCUCCCAGUGUGCGCAGUCCCCUUCCCCGGAGCUCCCAGUGUGCCCAGUCCCCUUCCCAUGUGCUCCCAUGUGCUUCCCUAGCUCCUGCUCCCAGGGCUCUCAGUAUCCUGGUCCCAGUAUGCCCAGUUACCCAUCUUGGUGAACCCAGUGUGCCUAGUUUCCUGUCCCAGGGCUCCCAGUAUAGUUUCCAAUCCCAGUAUGCCCAGUUUUGUGUCCGAGCAUUCCCAGUGUACUCAAUGCCACCCCACACCUCCCAGUAUGCCCAGUUCUCUGUCCCAGUGUGCCCAGUACACCCAGGUUCUCGUCCCAGGGCUCCCAGUGUGCAUGGUUUCCCCUGUCCCAGUGCCCCCCAGUAUGCCCAGUAUCGGCUUCCCCAGUGCCUCCCAGUUGCCCCUGCUUGGCCCAGUGCCCCCAGUCUGCUCCAGUUUUCCCCCAGUACAUCCAGUGCUUCCCAGUAAAGCCCCAUCUUCUCA